CACCGUGCCACCGCGGCCCUGGCAGCCGGGGCCACCCCGGGCCGUGUCCCCAGUGUCACAUCGCGGUGUCACAUCCCCGGGCCGCGUCCCCGGUGUCACAUCCCAGUGUCACAGACAAGUGUCACAUCCCGGUGUCACAUCCUUGGUGUCACAUGCUUGGUGUCACAUCCUUGGUGCCACUUCCCUGGUGCCACAUUCCUGGGCCGUGUCCCCAGUGCCAUAUCCUUGGUGUCACAUCCUUGGUGUCACAUCCCCGGGACUGGGCCCUGCGAUGUCACAUCCCCAUGACGUGCCCGUGUCCCCGGGCCACCACUCCGUGUCCUUCAGCGCCAUGUCCUCAUUGUCACAGCCUUGGGACAUCUCUGUCCUGUGCCAUUCCCAUGUCACAGUCUUGGGACAUCUCUGCUCUGUGUCACUUCCCGGCGCCACCUCUGUCCCUGUGUCACUUUCUGAUGCCAUCCCUGGGCCACAUUCUGGAGCCAUCUCUGCCCUGUGUCACAUCCCAGUGUCCCCGUGUCACUUCCUGGUGUCACCUCCGUCCUGUGCCAUCCCGGUGCCAUCUCUGUUCUGUGUCACAUCCCUGUGCCAUCCUGUGUCACUUCCUGGUGCCACCUCCGUCCUGUGCCAUGCCGGUGCCAUCUCCAUUCUGUGUCCCCAUGUCACAUCCUGGUGCAAUCCCCGUGUCACAUCCUGGUGCAAUCCUCGUGUCACGUUCCAGUGCCAUCCCUGUGUCACAUCCCGGUGCCAUCCCCGUGUCACAUCCUGGUGCAAUCCUCGUGUCACAUUCCGGUGCCAUCCCCGUGUCACAUCCUGGUGCCAUCCUCGUGUCACAUUCCGGUGCCAUCCCUGUGUCACAUCCUGGUGCAAUCCCCAUGUCACGUUCUGGUGCCAUCCCUGUGUCACAUCCUGGUGCCAUCCGCAUGUCACGUUCCGGUGCCAUUUCUGUGCCAUCCUUCCGUGUCCCCUGGCUGUCACAUCCCCGUGCUGGCUCUCCACGUUGUCCCCUGUCCCCCGUGCCACGUUCCUGUACCAUCUCCAUGUCCCCGAGUGCCAUCUCCGUGUCAUGUCCACACGUCCUGGUGCCACCUCCGUGCCCCCUCAAUGUCCCCUCGGGGCCGAGUGUCACAUCCCCAGGCCCCAGUGUCACCCCUGUGUCACAUCCCCCAGCCAUGCCCGUGUCCCUGGGCCACCUCCCAGCGUGUCACCUCUGA